UUUAGGGAAACAUCCCAUCUCACUCCCUUCUCUGCUUGUGAGAAGCUGUACUGGACAGAACCACCAUCAUGCUGGGCCUGAUCAACAAGAGCAAAUGGAGUGCUCUGCCUCUCAGCAUCUCAGACAUCAGUUCCUGUGUCAGGGGUUACACCCUGGCAAUGACAGCCUCCUUGACCUAUGAAAACAUCGAAGAUCACCCUAUUGAGGGAAUCUUUAUAUACCCUCUGGAUGAGGGCAGCGUGGUUGCUGGGUUCGAAGCGAUGAUUGGCAGUCAGAUAAUAACCGUGCAGGUCAAAGAUAAAACGAAAAUCGAAGACUGUUUCUUUGAUUGCUGCAAUGCCAAUGGAACCCCGCAGAACGGAGGUGGACAUAUCGUUUUGGAUGAGGAUCAGGAGAGGACAGUGCUGGUGGUCAGUCUGGGGGUCAUUCCCCCUCUGGAGACCAUUAAUAUACUGGUCAGCACCUCCUCUGAGCUCCGCACACUCCCUAAAGGGGGAAUUCGGGUGACCUCACCACCCGUCUGCUCUCCGAGAGUCCAGCGUUCUGUCAAAGAGGAGCAGGCAUUUUCGCCAAGCACUGCUAGGAGGAGGGAUCAGCAUCAUUGUUCAGUGGGAGCCCAUGAGCAGAUGGCCUCAGGUGUGUGUUUGGCUGCUAUGUUGGAGGAAGAGACCAUCAACUCCAUUGACUAUGAGUUUAAUUUCCAUCUUGAGAUCAGAGGACCGUAUUUACUGGCAGGUGUGGAAAGCCCCUCACAUGCCAUCCGUGCAGACGCUGACCCCUCAGCUCGCUCUGCCACCAGCAUUGUGGUCACUCUGGCAGACAAGUACACCUACGACUGCCCUGUGGAGAUACUGAUCUACCCUAGUGAGCCCCAUCUGCCACACGUUCUCAUCGAAGAUGGAGACAUGACGCCGGAGGAAUACGAUGAGCAUCUGAAAGGACGGAGCGACUAUAUAAAGGCCACGAAGAAGGACAUCACUAAUGAAAAGACAGUGGACAUCAUUCGGAAGAGGCUCCAUAAAGACAUCCUCCACAACCCCGUGGUCAUGCUGAACUUCUGCCCAAACCUCAGUUCAACGACCUCUGACCUGCGGAGCAUCCAGGGGGAAUUCAUCUUUCUCAUUGACCGCAGUGGAAGCAUGAGUGGGGUCAACAUCAAUCGAGUUAAGGAUGCAAUGGUCGUGAUUCUGAAAAGUCUUUUCCCAGCAUGCUUAUUCAACAUAGUGGGCUUCGGAUCUAAGUUCAAAACGCUGUUUGUCACCAGCCAGAGCUACAAUGAGGAGAGCUUGGCGUUGGCUUGUGAGCAUGUGAAGAAGAUCCGCGCUGACAUGGGCGGCACAAACAUACUGGCUCCUCUCAACUGGAUCCUACGGCAGCCCAUGCAGAGAGGUCAUCCUCGCCUGCUCUUCCUCCUGACCGACGGAGCCGUCAGUAACACGGGGAAAGUUAUUGAGUUGCUCCGCAGCCACGCUAGGUUCACCAGGUGUUACACAUUCGGUAUAGGCCAGGGUGCGUGCAGGAGGCUGGUUUUAGGACUGGCCGCCGUUUCCAGAGGCACAGCUGAGUUCCUGGCAGAAGGAGAACGACUGCAGCCCAAGAUGAUUAAGUCGCUUAAGAAGUCCAUGACCUCAGUGCUGACUGACAUCUCCAUUGAGUGGCUGUAUCCAGAGACAAAGGAGAUCCUGCUCUCUCCAGUCGGGGUGAGCUGUCUGUUCCCUGGUGACCGGCUGAUUGGAUACAGCGUGGUCUGUGAUACCUCCCGAUAUCACUCCAACCCCAAAUCACCACAGUUGGCCAGCCUGUGUGCCACGACCUCAAGAGGACGUCCCAUAAGUGCUCACAAACCUCCAGUGCAACAACCAGAGGGUCUCCAGGGGGAGUCUAAGAUUGAUCAGACCCAUCCCGGCCCAGUAGUGGAAGACGGUUCCAGCUCCAUUAUUCAAGACUUUGAACACAUGGCGGACAAAGAGUGUGAGAUUGAGCAUGGUUCUGGGAGAAGGCACCAGCUUUACGCCAUCCACACGAGCAAAGCCUGCAACGUCUUGAGCAAAUACACCGCAUUUGUACCUAUCGAUCUGGACAGCAAUGAAUAUUUACCCACCUUCAUUGAGUACAGCCAUCCUGGAGAGGAUCAUAAACGAAGUUCGCACUGCAGUUCUCGUUCCGGCAGCAGGAAGAACCGAGGUUACUCUGUAGGUCUGGGGCGUUCGCAGUCAGGAGGUUUGCCUGGGCAAGAAGAUGCAGCACUAUGCUACAACGUAGACAAUGCAUCUCAAUCCUCCUGCAAAUCACCCUCAUCCUCCAGCUGGGAACGAUGUAGCUCUUCUGAAGCCUCUCAAAGGAAUGCGUCGGUGACCUCCGACCCCUCGCAGAGAUCAGUCGAGAGCCUUUUCUCCGCCAGCAAGCUGAGCCUGAGCAGGACGCGUCUCCUGACGAAAGCCGCCAGGGGCUUCAUGAGCCGGCCGCAGAGCAAAAUCAGCAACUCCGUGGGAGAGAGCGAAAAUGACAACAAGGACUACAUCCCUCUGGUGUUAUUGCAGCUGUCCUGUGGGGCGUUCAUGUUGGACAGUGCCUUGUGUGAUGCCAUCAACGUGCCCAUGGACAAGCUGAAGUGGACGUCGCCCUUCACCAGCCACAGAAUCAGCCUUACCCAUGUGUCCCACUCUGGCUCCCAGCGCUCUGAGAGUCUGGAGGUCCACUAUGGCUCAUCGCCUCCUCCAAAAGACUCGGACUUGAACUCCGAAUGUGAGGAACUGGUGUCCCGCAUGUCUUCAUCCUCAUACCAGGCCCGAAGCCCUCGGAUGGAGGGCGAGCCCUCGCUGUUGAGCGGCUUCUCGUCGAUGUCGACCGAAGCCCCGCCGUCGCCUAUCAACUAUUUGCACGACAGUGGACGGGGGUCUGAGUCAGAAAUCGCCGAGACGCCCUGGCUGGGUUCACCUGGGAUCCUACAAAGGGCCAUGCAAGACCCUGAGGGGAUGGUGUGGGCGACUGCUGUUGCUCUGGCCUGGCUGGAACACAAUUCGGCCAGUUAUUUCAUCGAGUGGGAGCUGAUCGCAGCCAAGGCCAGCAUGUGGCUAGAUGAACAGAUCAUCCCAGAGGGCCGAGACCUGGCGGCGGUCAAAGCCGCGGCCAAUCAACUCUUCAUCAUCCUCAGACACUGGGACGAGAACCUGCAGCUCAACAUGCUCUGCUACAACCCCAACAGCAUGUGAGUCCUGAUAGUAGGUAGGGACUAAACUUCAAACUAUGCGAAACAAGGGUUUUACUCUCCUUGAGUUGUUUUAAUGUUUAUUCUGUGGGUUUCGUUUUAGUUUUAUGAAUAGAAAUCGUACCAGUAUUUCAUCCGCCUGAAGGACAGAAA